AUGGGAGUAUUACCAUCAGAAAAAAAUCGAGGAAGACAAAGUGCCACACCGGAAAGCACCGAAGAACAGAGUGUCAAUGCUAGAAAACUUGACUUAGAGAGUUUGGGGUUCGAAUUGUCGGAGGAAGAUGCUCAAGGGAUUGAUGAACCUCAUAAUCCAGCUCCAAUGGCAGCAGCUAGAGGGGGUGCAAGUAGUGCUAGAGGGGGUGCAACUAACAUGAGAGGUCCAAUGGACUUGUUUGUUAGAAAAUCUGAAACUGCCAUUGCAAGAAACAAAAGAGAGAAAUUGAGGCAGCAGAACAUCAAAGAAGCAUGUAAUAAGGAAGCAGUUCAUAGAGUUCAUCGAUACAUAGCACGGUGGUUCUACCAAGCUGGGAUUCCAUUGAACCUAGUAAAGUUGAAGAGUUUUCAAAAAAUGUUGUGUGCUGUUGGAAGCUUUGGUCCCAAUUUACCUGCUCCCAAUUAUCAUACUCUAAGGGUUCCGCUGAUUAAUGAGGAGUUGGAAUACACCAAAGGAUUAUUGAAUGGUCAUAAAAAACAAUGGAAAAAGUAUGGUUGCUCUAUUAUGUCAGAUGCUUGGACGGAUAAAAGGCAAAUAAGCAUUAUUAAUUUUCUUGUAAACUCUCCAGUUGGAAUAAUGUUUUUGAAGUCUAUUGAUGCUUCUGAUUAUGUGAAGAUUGGUAAAAAAUUAUUUGAGCUUUUUGAUGAUGUUGUGGAGGAAAUUGGUGAGCACAACGUUGUUCAAGUUGUAACUAAUAAUGGGAGUAAUUAUGUUCUUGCCGGUAAGUUACUGAUGGAGAAAAGACCAAAUUUGUUUUUGACUCCUUGUGCUACCCACCGUUUGGAUCUGAUGCUUAAGGACAAUGGGAAGUUACCAUUAAUUCAAAAAACCAUAAAAGGGCUAUUUCGUUGGUUAGCUUCACGCAUAGUCACUCUAGCACAUUAG